AUGACCAUCUACAGCUUAUACAUUUACGACAGACACUGCACUUGUGUAUACUACCACGACUGGCACAGGGCAAAGCCCCCUCGGAUUGCUAAUGAGGGUGGUGUCCUUCCGGCCGUGGCGCCCCAAGUCUAUCCGCAGAAGGACAUUGCUGCCACCGAUCCGAGUCGACGCAACACAUUAUCGUCCUCCUCUGGUGUUGUAAUCGCUGUCAAUGACGAGGUUCCGCGCACACCCCUGCCUGGCGCGACACAACGAGUGCCAGCAAACGCUGGGCUCCCGUUCGACGAAGAGGCCAAGCUCGUCUAUGGUGUCGUCUUGUCCCUGCGCAACAUGGUGAAGAAGCUCUCUGGAAGGGACGAGACCUUCGUCAACUAUAGGACGUCCACGUACAAACUCCACCUGUACGAGACCCUGUCUGGGUACAAAUUCAUUAUGCUGAGCGACCCCAACGCCGACUCGCUGCGCUUUGUCAUGCGCCAGAUAUACGCCGGCCCCUUCCUCGAAUAUGUUGUCCGAAACCCACUCACGCAAAUGGACUCGAAGGAACACGGCAUCGACAGCGAAUACUUCCGAACCAGCACAGACAGAAUGAUCAGGGGACUAAGCGUCUUCAAUUGA